CCGUCAUUUCGCGUUGAACGUCAAAUCCCGGGCGCGCGACGUGCGUUUACGUGCUCCUGCUCGUCGGCAAGAGAACCGAGAACGACGAGAACCUCGAGCAAUGCCGCUGCACCGGUAUACGCACGCGAUCCUCUGCAGGAUCCCGUUGUCGCUGCGCACGCGGGGCGAAUUGACGCUGGACGAGGCCAGGACGCAGCACCUGGCCCUGGCGCAGCUUCUCCGCGAGCUCGACAUCGACGUCAUCGAGAUGCCGCCCGACGAAAACUCGCCGCUCUGCGUCUUCGUCGAGGACAUCGCCGUCGUCUGCAACGGCAUCGCCCUGAUCGCCCACCCGAGCGAGCCGUCUCGCCUCAAAGAGCUCGAUACCAUCAGAGCUGUGUUGAAGAAAGAGCUAGAGAUACCACUAAUAGAAAUAAGCGACAAGAAUGCCCGCUUGGAUGGUGGAGAUGUGCUUUUCACCGGUAGAGAAUUCUUUGUCGGGCUGUCUCAUUUUACGAAUGAAGCAGGAGCACGAGCGGUUGCUGUGGCAUUUCCAGAAUAUCCAUGCGUACCUAUCAAGGUGGGUGAUGGUGGCGAAGAGGUGAUAGUGGAGAGUCUUACCUCAGCCCCUCUUCAGGUGGCUGAAUCUAAACGCCUAAAAUCGUUGGUUACAAUGGCUGGUCCAGAUGUUAUAUGCGUAGGGGCUGGAAAAGAAUCUCAGGAAGUACUCAAGAGAAUCGAGCGGGAGGCAACGUACAGUUACCAAACAUUGACCGUGCCCGAGGAUGUAGCCGCCAACGUGCUCUACGUGAACGGCACGCUCAUUCAUCGGUCAGAAGACGAGAUCCCACAAUCGAGUAAGGUGUUCGCCGAAAAGGUGGAGUUCCCGACUAGAUCGCUGCGUUUGUCCGAAUUGGCAAAAGUUAGCUCCGGUUUGUCCUCCUGUUGCUUGUUGGUGCGCAGACCGCGUCACAUUCGUAGCAUUUAAAUAUGAAAAAAGAAUAAGAUCUAUCCUGCGAUGUAAUCGCAAACUAUGCCACCCGUGCUAUCCGCGAACACGAAACAGAAAUCUCAGUUUUCUUUUCUCGAACUAAAUCUGCGGAGAAAUACGAUGCAAUGCAUGACAAUGACGAUUCGUCAUCCUGACAUUUUAAUAAGUAUUUUUUUAUUUAAUUUAAAAAGUUAGUAUCAUUUUAUAUCUUGUAAAAGAGAAAGAUUAUUUGAAAAG